AGACUUCUCAACGCUAAAUGUCAAGCUUUCAAACGUCCCAGAGAAUUUUACCAAAAAAAAACACACGACCCAGAGAAUAAGAAGUUCUGUAAGUUGGGAGGAUGGGGGAGGGGAUAGAGGUGGCGAGACGGAAAGAGGGGGGAAUAAAGGUUCUCGCGUUCUUAAAUUAGCGCAUAAUUUUCGAAUUCUCUGCCACCAAAUCCGGCGAAAUCCAAAGGACAACUCCAAAAAAUCUCCUGUUCUCUGAUUCCCUUAUCUCAAAGUCUCUUCUUUAUUUCGUUAGCUUUGAUUCGGACAUUACGCCACCAAAAUCUCACUUUCGGUGUCUCAAGUUUGAAAUUUGGAUCAAAGUUUCGAUCUUUUUGACUCGAAUUCAACCAAGGUAUCUGAACUUGAGCCAUGGCGAGCGGAAGCGACCGGGUCCGAUUCAAUGUGGGCGGCAAGAUCUUUGAGACCACCGCCACCAUCCUCGCGAACGCCGGCCGCCAGUCCAUGCUCGGCUCCCUCCUCGACGAGUUCUGGAAACCCCGGCAGCCCGCCGGCGGUGGCGAGUACUUCAUCGACCGCAACCCCGCCUGCUUCGCCGUCCUUCUCGACCUCCUACGCACCGGCGAGCUCCACGUGCCGCCCAACAUCCCCGAGAGGCUCCUUUACCGUGAGGCCCUAUUCUACGGCCUCCUCGACCACGUCCGCGCCGCCCGGUGGGGCCCUUUCGAUGGCAACCUCCUCCGGCCUGCCGCCUCCGUCCCCGGCCGCGCCCCCGGCGACGGCACCGCCAUCCGCGCCGGCCCGGACGGCGGCUGCUGCGUCGCCCACGGCAGCAUGGUCCACGUCUACGACUGGAUGCUCGAGGAGCACCGUCCCAUCAGCCUCGACUACCAGCAGGUCAACGACGUCGGCUACCUCGACGCCCAGAGUAUCGUCGUCACCGCCCGCGAGCGGCUCGGCAGGGGCGAAGGAGGGAUGGGACUUUUCUCCUCGUCGACCGGCGAACUCCGGCAUCGGUUUCGGGUCGCCCACGACGACCAAGUUAAGAGCUUUACUGCCGGCGCUCUCAGCUUCAGCAACUCGGACUACAAGAUCUUUGCUAGUUGUAAGGGGAGGUGCAAUGAGUAUGGAAUUGGUGUCUGGGAUCACGACACUGGCCUGCAGGUAGAUUUCUUCUACGAGCCAACCGGUUGCCUUCUCGGAGACGCCGACAAGCUCCAAUGGCUGGACGGAAGCAAUUGCCUGAUGGUCGCCACCUUGUUCCCGAGAACCGACAACUGUUUCAUUGGUUUGUUGGACUUCAGGGAGAAGAGUGUGGUGUGGUCUUGGUCUGAUGCCAGAAUCACGUCGUCUCUUGAUGAUAAGAAGGUCGUCCAUGCAAUUGCAAUGGAGGAUGGCCGGUCCGUUUGUGUUGUAAACCAGUAUGAAGACUUGGGGUUCAUGGAUUUGAGGAGCAAUGCAGGAGGGGUCAGGUGGAGCUCUAGAAGUAAGCUCAUGAACCGGAAGGUGCCCGAGGAGGAGAGCUGCUAUCCCAAGCUCGCAGCACACGGCGGGCAGCUCUUCUCCUCCAUGAAUGACAGCAUCUCGGUGUUCUGUGGACCUGAGCGGGUUUUGACAUCGACGCUGCGGAGUACCUACGGUGGUUCGAUCUGUGAUUUCUCGAUCGGAGGUGAUCGGUUGUUCGCUCUACAUAGCGAUGAGAACGUGUUCGAUGUGUGGGAGACGCCCCCUUCUCCAAUCUUUUGACAUUCGAUUGUAACUUCUUUUGUUUAGCAGAGACAAAAGGAAGAAGAGUAUAAGAGUGGCAGUGUUGAUUGUGUGCAGUUCUUCAUGAUCUUUUGUGACUUCUUAGCAAAAUUAAUCCCAAAGAAUUGAGGUGUAAUCAGCUAGAUGUUGAUGCAGGAGUGAGUGUCUCUGUGAUUUUCUCAUCUUUCAAUUCUCCAUAUUUAAGAUUGAAGCCAAAGGCAAGCUUCUA